AUGCGUGUCUGGUGUGCCGAGCCAGAAAAGUGCGUUGCGACCGCGUCACUGAUGUUCUACCACGAUGCUCGACAUGCGUCAAGCUGGAUCGGGAAUGUGUUGCUCCAACGUGGACCCCUGAGAUCACCUGGCCCUCGGAUACCUCUGCUCACACUGGGGGUGAUCAUGCAAGUUUACCUCCGUCUGGCCCUGUCUUUCGUCGUCCACGAUGUGCUUACCUUUUUGUCGUCAACAGAAGAGCAGCGUACCGAGCAAAUAGCGCUCAUCUUAGCUGCAACGCGUCACAGGUCGCUCGAUGAGCUGUUGAGCCAACUAGACGAUGACAUCGAGCUCAGCCACGGUGACGAGACAUUAUGUGUCGGACCCUUUGGUGUUUUGCGAGUGGUGUCUUAUCAGGACCACAACAACACUCAAGCCACACACGACGGCAAGGAAGGUUCUGCGAGCGCGGAAUGGGACGAUUUUAUGCUAGGAGACUUCCCUGUGGACAAGUCCUUAUCGGGACUCGAAGUUGGGUUUCUGGAUAGUCCCAACGAUGCGCAGGAUAUGUACGGCAACGACACCGGCAGGGAUCUGUCAUUCCUCUCGCCACUCCUGGGAGAUAGUGCCGUCAGCUUCUUCAUGAGUCCGAUGCAGUCGUACGUUCCAAACGAAGCAGACCUGCAGCUCCUCGACCUUCGCCGCACCCCGACGCCCCGGAUCCAACGCUACUUGUCGGUGGACUACGCCCCUGACCUAAUGGAUGUCGACGUGCCCACCAUACGGCUCCUGCUUGCCCGCUAUGAGGAGAGAAUGAUUCCCACCUUUGCACCUGUUCAGGCACAAGGAAAGUCGGCGUGGGAGCGAGUUCAUAUUCCCAAGGUGAAUGAGACAUUAGGCGAGAUCCUGGUCAAAGGUAACUCGACAGACGUCAAGUGUGCACUGCUAUUUGCCGUUCUUAGCGCAGCAUCCUAUCACUUGGAUGCUGUUGGAGGCGGGCCACCGCACCACACCAUGAAGUCGUGGAGAGACAUGGCGAGUAUUUUCCGACAACGAGCCAAAACGCGACUGUUGGCGUCACUGAGGAGUGCAUCACUUCUCGCAAGGAGCCGGAGCGCCUAUGAGGAGAUGCUACUUGCAAUUCUCAGUAUGGUGACAGUCUGCGUUGUGAGUGGUGAUAUGGUCGAAUCCCACGCCUAUAUCCACAACGUCGAACAAUUCAUCGAGUCUCGUCGCUCCCCUCACUUUCUCAAAUACACCAGUACCCGGAUGCUGCACAGUAUCUUUCUCUACCUCUGGACUCUACAGGCCGGAGUGCGGGAAUUUGGUAAUCCAGGUCGUCCGCAGGACUUGGUCGCCCAGAAUCAAAAUCUCAACCGUCGGGACCCAACCGCCCAGUCCGAUGUCUGGAGGCAGUUGAUCCCAGUGGUGGACGAAACUGAUCAAAACGACGACGAAGAAAACUCUCCGAUCAACAGCAACAGCAGAAGCAGAAGCAGCAGCAGCGGCAGCCAAAGCACGGUGACGGUAUUCGAACAAGUCUACUCCGUUUCCGAACCCCUGUUCCGGCUGAUCGGGCGAGUCAAAUCGUUUGCCUGUGCUGAGGGGACUCGCGACGACGGCACGAUCGAUAGCUCGCUUAACGACCCCAAAAAGGUCGCCGAAAUCGAAAACGCGAUAUGUAGCUGGAGAAACGACAUUGCCCCGGCCGACGCGGGGGACGUGCAUGGUACCAAUGGGGGAGGCAAUGUCAGAUAUCACUUCCAGAACGCCAUUCACUCGGCCCUGCUGGUAUACUUUUACAAAUGCGUCCGGGGCAUAGACACGUACGCGGUGCAACCUCACGUCGAGAAGACCCUCUCGCAUUUGCAGCUGUACACAGAGGCCAAGCGAAGGUCCAGCGAUCAGUCUUCGAGCAUCUGCUGGCCCGGCUUCGUCGCUGCCUGUGAGGCCUUGGAUCAGGACAUACGGCACAGGUUCGCGCACUGGUUUCUCGACGAGACCGCUCGAACCGGGAUACGCAUGUUUGCGACCGCAGGGACAGCGGUCAAGAGGGUAUGGCACGCCCGCGAUCGAUCCAACAAUCGAAACCUGCCGUGGUCCAAGAUCCUGCAGAGCGACAACAUCCUCGACCAGCUUGUGCUCAGCUGA